AUGACCACUACUACCACGGCCCCCUCGCCCAUCCCCCUCGCCCCUGCUACCAUUAUCGAGAUGGCCGCUCUGAGCCCAGCUGAUACCGCCGUGGUUAUGCCCUGCCACCGGCCCAUUCACGACAACGACAGUAGCACUUGUCAAUCAUUCAACUGUCUAGGGCGUGGCCCCGAGGACCUGACACACGACGACCCGACGACUCCGCUCUUCGAACGCCUCGACGUGCUGGAUGAACUGGAGAACACUCCUGCGAUUGAGAAGGAGCGGCGCGAGGUCAGGAACCGGUUGAUUGUAAUGGUGGCCUGGUGUGCGGGGCCUGAAUACUGGGAGGGGUAUUGGCGUGCGAUGGGGUUUCCGUGCGCUCCGAGGCCUCCUCCUGAGGGGGUGCAAAGCCUCGCGGAUAUGGAUUAUAAAUAUGAUGAAGACGAGAACAUGGACGCCGCUCCAGCGGAAGGGGCUUCGACGCUAAGCGAGGGGGAAGUCGGCUUGAAUAUCCGCGCUAUGGAGGUCGAACCCCUGGACGAAGAAGACUCGGCCAAAGUGGAGGCGAUGCUGGAGUGCGUCGCGGGUGGGAAAGACGAGUGA